ACUCAGGUAACACCCCCAAAAUUAGCAAAAAAGAGUCGAACAAUCGCGCGCCGCAGGAAGGCGCACUCGCUCUAUUGCCCAGUGAGUCGACAUUUAAAUAUUCCCACACGGAUAAAUCGCCAUUUUCGGUAUUUGUCCAAUCCACCAAGAAGGAGGCGACCCCUCCCUACACUCCCUUAAUGUCAGCAGGCUAAUUGCACAAUUUGCGUACAAAGAUGUAAUCGAAGUCCGUAAAACCGGCCGACGUAGAGUCACGAUAGACUUUCGUUGUCGCGUAGCUGUAAAUAAUUUAGUUAAUAAUCCUAUACUAAAGGCACAUAACAUUAAAGCCUAUAUCCCGUCAUUUAAAGUACAAAGAAUAGGCAUAAUCAAAGACGUGCCCAAGGAAUUUGCAACGGAUUCGUUGGCAGAAUACAUUGAGUCACCCGUUAAGAUACAAAGCAUCGAUCGGUUAAAUCGUCGCGUCAAAGUAGGCGAAAAAUUUCAGUUUCUUCCAUCUCGCACGCUAAGAAUCAAGUUCGCGGGUCAAGCUCUCCCGAACUCGGUUAGCUUGUUUAAGGUUAAAUAUAAGGUAUAUCCAUUUAUACCUAAAACACGUAUAUGUUACUCAUGCUUUAGAGCUGGUCACAUCGGUAGCCAAUGCAAAUGAAGUCCCCGAUGCUUAUUCUAUGGCAAAGAUAAGCAUGACAAGGAUGAAGAGUGCCCCCACAAGGACAACCCACCCAAACUGUGGCGGCAAUCACCGAGCCACAUCGGUGGACUGCCCAAUAAUUCUACAACAUAAGCAAAUCAACGCUUUGGCCGCUACGAAAAAUGUAUCAUAUAUUGAGGCUAGAAGAAAGGUUAAAGGCAAUAAACUGUCCGAUGAUCCAAGCCUUCAAGAACCUGUCAAUCAACAAUCGACUCAGCAUACCACUCCUAAUCUUAGCGGUGACAUCUGUCACGUUCCCGUCGCAAGGGCAUAACUCCUCACUGGUAAAAAUCAAAAUCCUGCAAUGGAAUUUUAGAGGAAUACAAAGUAAACUGCCAGACCUGCAACUAUUGGCAGAAAAAUAUAAUAUCUUCUGUAUACAAGAAACUCUCCUUUCGGAGGUGAGUAGAAUAAGCGUUAGAGGCUUCUAUGCUCUAAGGUAUGAUAUUGUGAACCCGGGACUAUGCGGCAUUUGCUUCCUUCUAAGAUCAAAUAUCAAAGCAACCUCUGUACAGCUACCCUUUAUACUACAUCAUUCUAUUAAGGCGGCUGCCAUUACUCUAUUGUUCCAAGACAGCGAGUUACUCGUGCUCAAUGUUUACAGACACUCCAACAACGACACCCCAGCACACGCACUUAAUGAUAUAUUUAACUUUGCAUCCGGUUACAAAUAUGCACUCAUAGUGGGAGAUCUAAAUGCGCAUCACCGCCUUUGUGGCUGUGCACGCAAUGACAACAUUGGCAACCGACUGGCAUCUCGCAUCGAGUCGCACAACUAUCUCAUACUCAACGACUUUACAAGUACGCGCUUUAAUCCAAAUACCAACAGCGGCUCCAUCAUCGACCUCGCCCUCGCGUCUUUGGACCUUGCUGGCGUCUGCUGUUUGCGCACUCUGGACGAUCCCAUGGCCAACGAUCAUUAUCCAAUCGAAACUAUUAUCAACGGAACAGCGGCCAAAGUCAAGCGUUUUGCAUAUAAACUAAAACUAAGCGACAUUCAACUCUGCGAACUCAGCAUCAAAUUGGAGAAAAGUCAGGAAUCUUCCAUCAUAAGGAAUCUUCCGAUAACGAACUGGAGGACUAUGAGAACGUGGUAGACUACAUAAAAAAAACGGCUACAGAAAUACUUCGUGAGCAAGGUAAAGACGGCAAAGUUGGUUCCAGAAACGUCGCUUAUAAGGGUACUUCUGCCCCAUGGUGGAACACGAAGUGCACUGAGACAGUUAAAGAACGCAAAACGGCUUUGGAGGUUUUUAAGCGGGAUCCUUCCAGAGAUACCUAUCUAGCGCUUAAACGUCAAAAUAGAGAAUGCAGGCGUAUCCUUUCCAAGCAGAAAAGGAAUGGAUGGCGCUUCUUCUGCACGAACUUUAGCUCUAAAACUGCUACCUCAGAAAUAUGGCAACUGGUUAGAGCCUUCAAAAACAAAGACAAAUGCGCCUUUACGGACCACAAAAUCCUCGAGUCCUCGCAACAGGCAGCGGUCAACAAAUUAUGCCCACCUUCCUGCUCUCCACCACUAGCUCCUUCACUGCGUGACAUGCAAAGGGAAGAUGAAACUU